CAAUGCAAAGGCGUUGCAGCGGCAUAGAGAUCUGAUAGUCAAAUUGUGAGCGCCUGUGAAUAUCGCGGUGAAAACAAGCCUACGCUAGGGCCGAUGAUGAGAGCGACAAUAUGACAGCCAGGACGGCCAACUGGAAAGUGGUACAGAACCUAGUUCCACCUUAACUUCAAGUUAUGUAACUCUUCUUGCUCCUUCUCACUCAAAUACUUUCGAUCCAUCAGGCGUAGCCUACUACGACUUCCCACUCAUAUGCAAUGCUCGAGUCUCGUUGCCCACCUUGCGAUGUCGAGAGAGUGGACUACGCAAUAAAGCCCAAGGCAGGGUUCCUGUCUCUUGCUCAAGAACUGAGGUUUUACGUUCUCAGCUUUCUUCCUUGUCGAGAUAUUCUUCGUUGUACAUCUGUAUGUAAGGCUCUUCGUCAGACGUACAUGUCCUCCUCCGAGCUUCAGUACAUCGUCGAACUCAGCGGCCAACGUUUACUCCCUGUCCCCAACACAAAUAAUCACAUUCCUAUUUCCAACCGUCUACAGACCUUGAAGAACAGGGCCCAUGCAUGGUUCAAGUUUGACAUGCACUCUUUCAAAACAAUCACCUUACAAGAAAACUUAUAUACUAAGAUUCUGACGAAGCAGCUCGUCACUAAUGGGCAUCUCUACUCGUGGGAUGAUUAUAAUGACGUGGCCGCGAUAAUUCCAAUACUACCCAAGCCCUCACAACAAACAAUUGAGCACUACUGGUCUCCAGGAACAUUGUGUCCGGUGCCCCACUCAAUCACCCUGGAUGUGUUGAUGGACCCAGCACAAAACCUGAUCGCUGUCGCGUAUUAUGUUACUCACGAGAAUGAUUUCGAAUCAUAUGAGGCGGUCUAUGUUGACCUCAGAACCCUUGAUAGUGAUGGUAUUCACCCUCAAGCUGCUGGACGGACGCUACUUCUAUCGGAAUCGUCGGUAUACGAAGACGCCACCGUCGAAACAACGCGUGCGAAGCUCAAAUGUUAUGGGAAGCAUAUCGCUUUGCAGCGUUCUUUGGUUAUUACACCUGAUGAUAGAAGGAAUCACUAUACCCAGAGAACCGAGUGGCAAAUUUGGGAUUGGCAAAACUCGGCAAUAUCGAGGAGCGUUCUCAACGGCGAUAUUGUACCCUACCCAUCUGAAAACCAGGUCGAUUUCUGUUUCCUCGGAAAUGAUAGGUUACUCGUUGUCGCCAGCGAUCUAGAGGUCUAUUCGAUCGCGGAUAUGUCCCAGACGCCACAAUUACUGGCGUGUUUCAGAUUGCCUCUCCGAUUGUGGCGCAUACAAUGCCUCCUUCCUAUUGAUGAUAUUGAGCGGAUGCAGGUGCAAGCCCAACCUCAAACAGUGAGGUACACCUCGGAUCCUACGCAUCAACUAUUAUGCCUCACCGCGUCCUAUAAUACUGCUACUCUGAUCUUCAUCAUCUCCACGAGGAUUUUCUUCGACCUUGACGGAGUUGUGGCAACAGUGCCAAAACCAUGGGAAUGUUGGGGCCCUUCAAAUACUCGUAUCUUCCGGCACCCAUAUUCAACUCAAGUCCACGUUAGUGGAAGUCGAGUUCUACAGGUUUUCGCACUCGGCACGCCAGGCACACGUCCCAUGGAGUACGAAGUACAUCUGAUGGACUUCAGCCCGACAGCUGCGAAGAACAGACGGGGUCUUGGGCGUGUGGUCAGAGAGCCAUCUGCGAUAGAAAUAAGUUCCUUCAUGGAAAGCGCCACUGAAGAGGAAAACUUGGAAAUCACAACGUCCUUGCCUUAUGUCGAGGUCGUAUCGGACAGAAAGUUAGGUGCUCUCGAAUUACAGGGCAUAUGGCUCGACAAGAAUAGGAUUUAUUUGCUCAAUGCAAGUUGGGAUGUUUCGACAGGUUUUAUUUCAUAUUUUGCAUGGCAGUCUAGCAGGCUUGAAGUCAUGGAGGUCUAGUCUAGAGCAGAGCUCAUCCAUCGUCAGGUAGCAUAUGCAUCAGUAUGGAACAAUGGUAGUUACUUACGGAGAUGUAUUGUAUCCCACUUUCUUGAGCAUCAUAGGCAUGUCAUUAAACAUAUCCUGUGAAACUGGUGUCACGAGUGUUCUGCCCUCGAGCCUAGGUAUCCGUAUCUUACCUAGCCUCAAUCAUGGCCAGGAUUCAGGAAGGAUGAUAUGUACCGAUUCGAUUGC